CGUUUAACUUGUAGCAUAAACUCCGUGUUAUCGCUUUAGCUUGUAAGGACAGACAGACAGACAGUGAAGUGUAACUCUAGGAAUAGUUAGUGAAGCUAACUUUACGUAAAGUUAACUUUAGCUAGCCGUUACUAUUCAUUGUAGUUUUAAUUACGGUGUGUUACACGUUGUUACAUUAUGAUUACAAGUUGCUAAUAGUCGACGGUGGUUUGCAAAAGGUGACUUUGAAGAUUUGUUGACGCCCCGUCGGUCAGUCAUUAGCUACUGUUGGGAGUGAAAUCAUGCAGCACUGCUGUGUUCGUAGCCUGCAGACAGUAUAGUUAUAGCUAGUCUAGCUUAGCUGAAAUUAGCCGUGUGAGCAGUGGAUAUUGGUUUGCGGGAUGGGCGCCUCUGCAGUUUUAUUUUUCUGCCCUGGCUGAAAGAGAUCUACGCGCAGGGGAGGAGAGCUCUGAAGUGCCCCCAGACUUAAAGGCAAAACCAGGGGUGCAAAGGAAAAAGCAUCACUGGCCUUCCCUGGACGGUGCUGUUGCUUCAGACUACGAGGCUGAAGAGGCUGAAGAGGAAGCAUGUCCACUGACCAGGAGCCCACGUUCACAGUCAAGCUGCUACAGCUGCUGCUGCUCUCCACAUACUGGGGAAUGCAAAUUUGGGUCACUUUCAUUUCAAGCUUUGUGAUGGACAGCCACCUGAACAGACACACAUAUGGGUUUAUUCAGAGUCGUCUUGUCCCAUUCUACCUCCACCUGGGUUCAGCUUGUGCCUUCUUUAACCUCACCAUCUACGCUGUGUACCACCCCAGCGACAUGAUGGAUGACAGAGAAGCCUUUCAGAUCUUCAUCUUCUUUGUGUCAGUGACGGUUGCAGCUGUCAACGCUCAGUGGUUUGGCCAAAUGACAUCAGAGAUCAUGGCAGACAUGCACCUCAUUGAGCAGGCGUGCGGACUGGGUCAAGAUAUCGGCCUGUCGUCUAACCGCGAAGCUUAUGCCAAGCUGUGUGAGACAGAUGUCAAAUACAGACACCUCAGCAGUCGCCUGUGGCUGUACAGACUACUGUCAUCCCUCUGUAAUCUCUGCUGCAUAGGCUGCAACUUCUACAGUCUCUGUUACAUGGCUGAGAACCUCGUCACACUGUAAAACUGACACACAGCAGCUGGACUGUAAAAUUAAUGAAAAAUAGUCAGUCGCUUACAAAUCUAGAAACUUUUUGUAUCAAAGCAGUAAGUUAUAUAUUUAAUACAUAAUACCUUAAUAAGAAAUUUGAUGAAAAGUCAGGUAAGCCCUGAUGUUCCUGUGUCUUGGGGAAUAAUGAAAGGAUCUAAUCACUAGCAUAGAUUUCAGCCCGUUUUUUUUUCUGUUGCGAGACAGUCACGGUCAGUAAAGCUGAAUUUCUCUUAAAUGUUGUAGGGAGACAAAUCGGUUCCUGCAAUGUCAGUAAUGCCUCACCUUUCACCUAGUGUGGCUGAGGCAGGUGGCUGCCUGGAUGCUGGUGCCUUGAGAUUUCCCUUCACCGUCACCUUUACCAUUACAAUGUAGUACCUUACAGGAAUGCUAAACAUAAGGAAUGUUUUUAAAAUCUUUGUACUUACAAUAUCAGAGACACUAAAGACAAGAAAAUGGCCCAAUGCACUGCACAAUUUUUAUAUCUAAGCAACAGGAAGGUAACUUUAAUGAGGAAACUGCUCCUAUGCUGCUCAGUCCUGCUCUUCCUGUUUGGGUGGCGUUUUUAGACUUUGUUCACACUGUAGUGCCACAGGUUUGUCUGGCUUACCUUCUGUUACCUUAAGAGCACCUGUGAGGCUGUGUUUCACUUUCUUUCAAGGUGAAAGGUUGAGCUGUCUUUGGCUGUUCUGGCGCUGCUGCUGCUGCUGCUGCUGCUGCUGCUGCUGCUGCUGCUAUGAAAAAGAAGGGUUCAGACACUUUAACUAUCAAGGUUUGUAUUAGAAACAGAAUUCAUUGGUGGACAGGUUGAGUAUACCGAUAUGGAAAUGAGCAGAUAUUGUAUGAUUCGUUGUAGCACAGCAGGUUGGUGUAGUUGUGACAACAGGUAGACCUUCACUUUAGUCCCACUGAUAACUGUGUUUUUGAUGAAGACACUGGUGCUAUUCUGUAGAUGAGCCUAAACCUGUGGUGAGGACAGAUUGUAGUUAUCAGUUUUGCUGAGCAGGUUUGAUUGUUGUAAUAAUCUAGUGGAUUGUGAAUUGGUAGAGAGAGUAGUGUGGAGGUUUUUGGGGAAAGUAGAAAGUAUUGUUUAGACUCACUGAGAUGAUGUGGGUCUGAUUAUUUGAUUAAAUGUCUGUAGUAAUAACAGUUCAGAGCCUCCAGAAAUCACAGUGGGAUUUUUUUUCUGAACUCCCUUUGCAUUACCUCACAGCAACUUUUAUAUUAUGAUGCAACACUCCAUAUUAUGCAUUCACUGAGAAAGGCUACACAUCACUGCUGUGACUGUGGGCACAGCUAAUGCUAUGGGCAUAACUGUGGCUGUAUCUGUACUGUGGGUACUCUUAAAAUCUUCCAAUACAUUAACAUCAGCAUCGUGAAGCCAGACAUUUGUUUCACCCCUGUACUUCAUAUGUGAUAUAUGAACUGCCAGUACACACACAGGAGUUAAAGGAUGGCUUUGUGGUAAUCAUACCAACCAAUGCUACAGCAGCAGCCAAAACUCUCACCAUCCCAUUUGGUCACAGCCACAGCCGCCCAUUUUUUCUGUGGUCCUUAGCAGCAGCUGUAGCAUAGAAAAACUUAAAUCAUCUAUGCUGUAUGCUGCUGUCAGAGCUCAGCCUUCCUUUAUGGAUAAGAGGGAAUGCAAUGCAAGAGUAUGUCUAUCAAUCAACCAGUCGAGUCAAUCAAAGAAUGAUCUCCAUAUGUGUUGCUACUUUUCAUUGUACCAAGCAUUAAAAUCUGAUCUAUGAGUAGGAAAAAAUAAGCAGCCCUAAUUAGAACUGAGGCAAAUUUAUUUUUGAGUUGUACUCCUAUUGGAGUACAGUUCUCAAGUGUCAGAGCUUUUUUGGUCAUAGUAUGUUAUUGUUGAUUCUGUGGUCUGUUAUAUAUUCAGUUUUCUUUUUCAGUGUUGAAAUCAUGUUGAUUAAUCCCUCCCUACUAUGAUGGCCCAUCCUUGUUGUAAUGUUUUUGGAGACACUCCUCAUCAGUGUGUUAUUUCCUCUGUUCUCCUAGUUUCUGUUUGUGUUGGCCUGUAAUACAUGUCCGUUAAACGAAAGUUAAAAAAAAAAAAAAAUACCAUGAACACCGACAGCACAUCUGUAGUCAGGACAGUUACAGCCUAAAAUUGAUUUUGAAACUCCUCUUUCUUCAUCUUCUUCUUCCUUUUGAUUAAAACUGGACUGAUGAAGGUACUAUUUAUGUGCCCGUUACUAGCAAAAACAAUGCAAUAUUACUUGGUGGGUUUAAAUUCUAUAGGUUUUUUUUUAUGAUGUUGUCUGUUAGCUCAGCCAGUUUAAUAUAAAAUUUGAAUGCAAGUAAUUUAAAAUUUUUGUGUAUUAAUAUAAAAGCCGUAUUUGGACAUUUUACAUCAAUCAGUUUCUUAAUGAUAUAUUUGAGAUAACGGGAUAUAAUUAUUAAUGCCUGAAGACCAAUGAGGUCAGAGGUCAUGAGUUUGUUAUGGUCAUGGGUUUGUAUCAAAGAUGUUUUGACAUGUCUAUUUUUUUGUAUUAAAGCAUGUUCUCAAUUCUCUA